CUUCUCUCUCCUAGGGUUCCAUCCAUUUCAAUCAACCUCAAAUCUCGUAUUCUUCUCCAUCUUCCUAUAUCUAGAACGUACUAUAAUCGGCAGAACACAGGCAUGUACUCAUCAUCUCUCCGGCAGAUAUCCGGCGAAGUCUCCGAUUAGCACUUUUAUAGGUUGAAACUAUUAUGGUUGCUGGGGGAAUCCAACUGCCAUUUACCAGUUUCUUGAUUUUGCAGGCGAUUGGGUGGGGGACCCACAUACCAUCCCUUCCAUAGGAAGUAACUAUGCAACUUGGUGGAGCAAAAGACUCCCAAAUCCGUGACAGCAGUAACCCGAAGGUCCACCCUCAACCUAUGGAAGAAACUGCAAACCAAAACCCUGAAGCUGUUGAAGCUUUAGUCUCAAAAAUAUUCACAAACAUUUCAUCCUUAAAAUCCGCUUACAUCCGCCUUCAAGCUGCUCACACCCCAUACGACCCUGACAAAAUCCAAGCUGCAGACAAACUCGUAAUUUCAGAACUCAAAAAUCUCUCAGAACUCAAACACUUUUAUCGCGAAAACAACCCCAGACCCACUUACAUUUCCCCACAAGACUCCCGUUUGGCUGCAGAGAUUCAAGAACAGCAAAGCCUCUUAAAAACGUAUGAAGUCAUGGUGAAGAAAUUCCAAUCCGAAAUCCACAACAAAGAUUCCGAGAUUGUACAAUUACAACAACAUAUCCAAGACGCGACUCUCAAAAGGGCUAAACUUGAAAAGAAUCUAAAGCUGAGGGGGCUAUCAUCAUCUUCGAAAGAUUCCGAGGGGGGAUCGAUCGAUGGAAAUGAAAAUAUUCCCGUUUUGUCCCCCGAGCUUUUUAAGUCGGCUGUUGAACUUGCUUCUAAAGCAAUUCAUGAUUUUUCAAAACCGUUAAUCAACAUGAUGAAGGCUGCGGGGUGGGACCUUGAUGCUGCUGCGAAUUCGAUCGAACCGGAUAUUAAAUACGCGAAACGGGCCCACAAGAAAUACGCGUUUGAAUACCAUAUUUGUCAAAAAAUGUUCACCGGUUUUCAACAAGAAAAUUUCGGUUUAAACAAUGAAAACAAAGACAAAGACAAAGACACGUUCUUUCGUGAGUAUCUCGCGUUACGUGACACGGAUCCGCUUGAUUCGGUGGGGCAAGACCCGGAUUCGGAAUUCGGGAAGUUUUGCAGGGGUAAAUACGUAAUUGUGGUGCAUCCGAAAAUGGAAGCGUCUUUUUUCGGGAAUUUGGAUCAUAGGAAUUAUAUAAUGGGAGGAGGGCAUCCGAGGACGCCGUUUUAUCAGGCGUUUUUGAAACUGGCGAAAGCGAUUUGGGUUUUGCAUUUGUUGAGUCAUUCGUUUGAGCCUGUGAUAAAGGUGUAUCAGGUGAGUAAAGGGUGUGAGUUUUCAGAGGUUUAUAUGGAAAGUGUGGUGAAGAAUUUUGUGGUGGAUGAAAGUGGUGAGAAGCCGAAAGUUGGGUUGAUGGUGAUGCCAGGGUUUGGGAUUGGUGGGAGUGUGAUUCAGUGUCGGGUGUAUUUGACUGGAAUCAAGGAGAUUGAAUAGAUGUGUUGUAUUGUUUGAAGAAGAUGUCUUGAAAUUUGUAGUAAGAUGAAAUAUGUAAAAGUGUAUGUGGGUUGUGAUGUGUUUGAUGUUGUUUUUCAUAAUAUAUAUAUUAUGUGGUGCUGGUUAUGAAUGAGAAUGAAAAUAGUAUGUGUUGUAUUUUGUAACAA